AUGGAAGAUUUUCAGAAAAUAACAGAAAAUGAAAAUCAGUUGAAGAAAACAAGUAAGGAAAAUCAUGAUGCUGCACAUGACGAUUCAGAAUUGGAUUUAGAUGAUACCAAUUUGGAUUUGGAUGAUUACGAUGACAAAUAUGAUGCUGCUACCAAUCAUGGAGCUCAUGACGAUGAUGUUGAUGAAGAUGGUGAUGACGCAGACGACGACAUGGAACAAGAUCAUGAUAUUGAUGAUGACGACAAUCAUAACGCUGCUGAUGAUGAUGGCACUUCUGAAGCUAUUGAAGAUGAUGUUAAUGAUGUUGACCAAGAUGACGUUGCUGUUGUUGAAGAAGCUCAUGUCAAUGAAGAUGAUGUUGAUGACAACGAAGAUUAUGAUGAUGACAGUCAUGAAGCUAAUGAUGAUGAUGAUGUUGAUAAUGAUCCAAGUGUGCAGAAUAAUGAAGAAACUGCGACAAAUAAACUGAAUCAGUUGGAACAAGCAUGUGCUGAUCAAGCAAACGAGAAAACACCUGCUAAAAGUGCAGAAAUUCCCAAAGAACAGAAAAAUAAUCUAAGGAAACAACUUGCCUCUGACAUUCCAGUUGAAGCUUUUGAGGCAACAAAGAAUGCUGAAAUAUUUGGAAGAAAAAUUACAAUUUCAUGCACUUUAUCUACUUCACACCCCAAGAAACGCAAGAAGAGAGCCUGGAAGUAUAAACGAAGAAAAUUUAAACGAACUUCAAAGACAAUGAAAUUGCUGACACAGCAUGAAGAUGAAAAAGCUGCAUUAUGCAUUGAAGCUCAACGGAACCUCCUCAGUUUACAUCAAGCACAUAUACGACAGUAUAAGAAACGUCGAAAACCUGCCUGCAAAUAUAAACUUGGACACCAAAUGCCAAUCCAGCCUGAACUGAAACUUCCACUUGGAUUGAAUCUUCGACUUGAACUGCAACUUGGACUUAAACUUCGUCCCAAAUUCUUCGGUCCUUAUGAGUCAGUUCAUCCCUCUGAUUGUUACGAAGUACGAAAGAUACGCUAUGAAGGAACCAUUAUGAUAUCAACCUAUCAACCACCAGGCGAGGACGCCUGGCAAGGCAGAAUGGCCGUGUGGACAUUCGAUUUUACAACGUAUCGACCUUUCGCCUUCCUGCACCUGGCAACCGCAUCAGCAGCUAGAUGA